AUGGAGGCUACUUCCUUCGUGCCUUUGCAUAGCCCAAAAGGGUUGUCAACCCCGGUGGUUCGAACGGUUGAUCAUCUGCCAACGCCGUCACACCCAGCAACGGACCUAAAGGAUGGGUCGCGCCAACUGGACUCGGGAGGCGGCAUCGAGAGUGAAGAUUUAUCUAUUUCUACACCUGUUGGCUCUUCGCCUGAUCCGAAAGGGCAGCCUGACUUAGCUCACAAAAAAGAUCACCACAAGAAAAAGCUAGAAGAAGGUACAAUUCACUCAACUUCUUCUGGCUCAAUGUCACAGUUGUCAAGGAGGAAUUGUGAUGCUUCUUCUUCACAAUUUGGACGUUUUACUAGCAAAAAGGUACGCCUCCCGAGUACUGUAGAUGAUCUUAUAUCGUCAUAUGAAGUUCUUUAUGAGAGACAUGAGGCACAGAAAACGUUAUUAGAUACUUUUUACAAAGAGAUGAACCGCCUCGUGGAAGGCUGCCCAUACUUCGCAAGCACAGCUCUUAAGGAUGUGCUCCGUAUCGCGUCAAAAUCUCCGCAGGUCGCGGCCGAAAAGAGACAGGAGGACGGGGCUCCGCCUGUGAUCCCGGCGUUGGCGACCACGCGUACGCUUUCCGCAGGGCGAACCCCCGCCUUGCAUAGUGAGGGCAACGAGGGGCCUGUGGGAGGUGGGGUGGUUUGUGGAAAGGUUGUUCCCAGCAGAGCCACACCAGCCAGCAGUAUCAAGGGCAACGUGGUGGGUACCGUUCUCGCCCCGCCUAGGGAUGUAUCGAAGUUGUCCGAGGCCGCGAAUGAAAGGUCCGUUUCUUCGCAAAUGGCCGCAACCCGUGCCGGUGCGGAUGCAAUGCCAGAGGAGGCAGAAAGAGAGUGUGCGGUGCUCAGAGCAAAGGUUCUGGCGCUGGAGGCUGCUGAGCAGCUCCUUGCCUCUUCCCGUGUCGAGGUGCAGCAGCUGGUACAGGAGCGAGAUCGGCUAGAAGCAGAUCUCAUGGAAGCACACGAAAGGUUUCACAAGGUAGAGGAGGAAAACGUGGCACUUCGUUCUGCUUUCCAAACCGACCAAAUUCAUGCCAAUGACUUGGCCACUUUGGGAGAGGAACAGACACAACACCUUAUGGCGCUUCUCCAGGCAUCUGCAUCGUCAGAACAAAAUUUAAAAGAGAAAUUGAAGUCAAGAAGGGAAUCCAUCGACCGCUUAGAAUAUCAUGUGAGCCAGCUUAAGGCGCAGUUAGGGUCCCUUCAGACUCAGAACUCCUUCUUAAAUGAAAGGAGUGCUCAGCUCGAGGGUCAGCUGCGUCGCCUGCUCUCUGACGAUGCCAUGCGUGAAAUGAAACCGAAAUCUUCGUCAGCCUUUGUCAAGCCCAACCAAGAUGGCCCCAACCCGUCAAUAGCUGUAGGUGGGGGCAAGGGGGGCCAGCCCAGCCCCAACGCCGUAGAACAACUAACUCCUCUACAGCGGUAUAACACCGACACCUUCCAAAGGCAGAUUAACGAAUUGCGAACAAUUGUGGAUCGACUCCACAAGAGCAAUACGCAACAUGAGGCGGCACGGGCUAAGUUGGAAUCUCAGCUUGUUGUGCUUUCCAAGGAGAACACUACGUUAAAGCGUGACGUUUUGGAGUACCGCCGUAGGGUCAGCGAUAUGGAAUUGAAUCUCGAGAAUGAGGCAUCGCUAAGGUCUUACGAGGAGCGUUGUCGUAGCGCAGAAAAAGAGGCGAUGCGACUGCGGCAGGUGCUUCGUGAGCGCACAGAGAGCUUCGAUGGGCGAAUGUCAGAGGUUCAGCAACGGCUAAAUCUACUUCAAACGCGAGAUAAACUUUACGCGAAGGCCACGAAGCACCUUCUAACGCGUUGCGUCUCCUCUACAAUCCAGUUGCUGGCAUGCCAAGAGCUGAGUAAGCAGCGCCGAGAGAUACGGCCGUUAGGGGUCGGUGUUGCGGGGGAUGCACCGCAAGUUCUGGGGGCUCAUCCAACGACAAAGACGAGGGAGAAGGGAGAGGAGGGGGAGGAGGAGCUAACCAAAACAGGCCGGGAGGAUGGCAGCGGGCAGCGCGACGAUGCCAGCGGCGUCAAGCAAAGCAGCGUUAUGACGGGUGAGGGCCUGCUGUUGUCGGCUCCUGUGCUGGAAUCCUUUGCGUCUCCGCGCCCCAUGGGCUCGGAGCCCCUGGGGGCACGUGGUGGCGGCGAGCCAUCAACCGAGGCCGCGUCGACUGGAAGUCGGAUGGAGAUUCGCCGCCUGGAGCAGCUCAACCGGGAGCUGCGGCAGGCUCUCGCCCGUUCGCAGGAGGAACUCCUGACGAAGGCGCGCCUCCUCACGCGAGCACAACGCACGGCCUCCAACACCUCUCUGGGCGUCAACGCCUCAUAUCAGGCGUUGACGUUGCGUCGGGAUCCUUCGGCGCUCACGGAGCUCUCCAGCACCGUUGGGAGCCUCGACGCGAGUGUGAAUGGGCCGCUGCGGCGAGACGCGUCGGUGGGGUGCGACCUCCCCCCGCCCGGUCGCAACGAGCAGGAAUCCAUCGCGGAGGCUUCUCGCGUUCUCAGUGAGAUCAAGGUGCGGUACGACCCCGAGCACCUCGAUACCUGCGAGGCGGUGCAGCUUGAAAACGCGGCGCUGCUACUGCGUCUGUCCAUCUUGCAGCAGGAGAAGUGGGCCGCCGCAUCACAAAUUGAGGCUCUCCAAUCCAACUGCGCCGAACUGAGUGAGAAACUUCGGCGAGUCAUGAGCUCCAGUAAGGGUCUGCCGCCAACGGAUGCAGCGGCGGGGCAGCUGCGCGGUCUCCAGAGCCUCCUGCAGGAGACCCUUGCAGAUAAGCUCAAGUUAGAGGAAAAGAUUAAAAAGAUGGCAUUACCAAACCCAGAGUAG